UUUUUUAAUUGGAGGAUGACGUAGGGAAGGGGGCGGUCCUUGGUGGAGCAGCGCGCGGCAGCUGGAGGAAAAGCUGCUUUCAGACAAACGCGGCGUCUGUUUCCAGCAUGAGGAGGAGAAGCAGCUCCAGCAGAGGAAGCUCCUUCCGAAGACGAAGUGACAGCGUGACUUUCGAUGAAUUCGGCUUCGCCGUAACUAAACGGAAAGAGCAGAAAGUUCAUCACCGGAGUCACGACUACAGCUCCCCCCAGCUGAGCCGUGGGAGGCUCCAGGAGCUGCGUGAGCUGCUCAGCUACUGGAACCCCUCCAGCUUCCUGUGCAGGAGUCAGAUGGAGCGCUUCAUCAGGAUGGGCAUUCCCCCCAGCCUGCGGGGCAGAGUGUGGAAGAGCCUUCUGAACAUCCAUGUCCUGAGAGGAACCUCCUGCUUCAACUAUCAGACGUGUUUGUCUGACUUGCGACAGCCUCUGGUGGACUUGGGCGUCAGUGAGUACGGUAUCCUGUCCGCCAUCAGCACGCUCAGCAACACGCAGAACCAUCUGACCUCCACUCCGUCACAGUCGGACAUCUGUCUGUUCAGGCAGAUCGCCUUGGACCUGCAGCGUUCCUUCCCAACCCACCGAUCUCUGAUGGGGGAGACUCCAGAAGCCAUUGAAGGUCGGGCUAAGCUCUUCAGGGUCCUCGCCGCCUAUGCGAAAUACAACCCUCAGGUCGGCUACAGUCAAGGAAUGUCCCACAUCGCUGCAGUGCUGCUGAUGCAGCUGGAGGAGGAAGAGGAGGAGGAGGAGGCCUUCUGGGCUCUGGCAGCCUUGUUAGACCAACCCAAGUACCUGGCUGAAUUGUUUGACCUCACCCUCACCAAGGUCCAACAUCAGGUGAAGGUGUUCGAGCAGUUCUUCAAGCACCGCAAACCUCAGCUGUCCCAGCACCUGGAAUCAGUGGGGAUCCUUUCAGUCCACUUCGUGAUGCCGUGGUUCCUCACCCUCUUCACUUCCCUGCCCUGUUGGGACACCGUCCUUGCUGUCUGGGACCUCAUCUUCCUCUUUGGCCUGCCAGCGGUGUUCCGCUCCGCUCUGACCAUCAUGGAGCUUCUGGAGCCUCGGCUGCUGCGCCUGACGGAUGAAGGGGCCGUGUUACCCCUGCUGCUCAGAGUGCCUGUUGAUGUAGCUCAGUAUUCUACAUUUGUUCCUGCCCUGUGGAGAACAGAGGUCGAAGACUGGGAGCUGAAGUGUCUGAACAGGCUGGUGCUUGAUGAGAACCAUGGGUACAGAGCAGAUAUCUGUUUUAAUUUUGGCGAGCUGAUGACCUCCUCAUCCAGUCCAAUAAAAGAAGACCGAGAGAAUCUGUCUGCAUCACCCGGUGAAGAGAAAGCUGCUCCAAAAGAUUCUGUUCUGACGCGUGCGAUGCGCAUAGCACAGCGGUACCUCUUUGACCCUCGGGGCCAACGCCACGUUAAAGGAAAGCGUUCACAAUCGCAGGCAGAGUCCAGACAGCUCACUUCCCAACCAAAGCAGACUUCAGCCUCAGUAAAUCAACCUCAGGUGAAAUCCAGGUGGCAUCGCAGAGUCAAAUCACACCCAGCAGCAAUGCAGAGGAGCAGCGAUGAUUCCCCCGUGACUUUCAGAGGAGCUGCUGCAGGAGGCAACAAGGACAGAUGUGAGCAGGCCUUGAGAAGAACCCAUCGUCGUAGCAACCACAGCAUCCUCCGCCGUGUCAGAACAAAGUCCCUCGAUCCAGUCGACCUGACGCCCCCCGCCUCCGCCCCUCCUGCUCCCCCGUCUGUCCGUCCUUCAGGCUCCAGGUCCGGCAGCACUUCCAGUGCGGAGUGUGAAGACUCGCCCAGCGCCGCGCUCAUGAACUUUUCUUAAAUUGGACAUGCAAAGAUGUCAGAUCCCACCGAGGAGGGGCUUUUCAUCCCAGUAGGAGCUUCAAUCAAACUCUCCACAGAGAGGACGUGCAGCUCGCUGUCGGUCUGAUCUAUGCGGCUGCGUGGACAAGUCUGCUUAAACUGGGUCACUGGGGUCUUGUCUGUUAGGUGUCUGCAGACUCUGCACAUCUACGGUCGGCAUGUGGAGGUAUCAGCAGGAGCUGCUUUGAGACCAGAAUUCUGUGUUUGAAACUGGAAAUAAAAAGUUUGAUGACGCACAAAGUUAUAACUAUGACUUCUGUUGCCGCUCCUGCAGAGUCUAGAAGAUCCUUCUCUGCAGUCUUUGUUCAGAAGAUGGUGGAGAGUCAUUUGUGCUUUCAUAAUGACAAACUGCAAUGACGAAU